AUGGUGGUGGUAUGGGCUAAAGAUGGGUUUUGCGUGGUGGUUAUGGCUACGUCUGGGGUCUUGAAGGAGACAACAGUCGUGGGAGCUUUCUUGUGUGAACUAAAUGAAGCCAACCCUUUCAAAGUUGCGUUUACCAUCACUGUAGAUAUUUCAGGUCACGGAAACUUCACCACCAUUCAAAGCGCCAUUGAUUCUAUUCCUUCAGGCAACACCAUGUGGAUACGAAUUCAAAUUUUUGCUGGCGUAUACAGAGAAAAAGUCACAAUCACAAAGGAUAAAACAUGUAUUUUCCUUGAUGGAGCAGGCCGCCAUGUUACGUUUAUUGAAUGGGGUGAUCACGAACUUAUGUAUUCUAGCUCUACUUUCACUUCAGUUGCUGAAAAUCUUGUGGUCAAAGGCAUUGAAAUUAAGCAAAGUGUUGUACAUUAUUCAUUGGGAACAUAUGGUCAUGGAAGCCACGACACCGGUUACAUAACAGCACAGGGGAGGGACUCAGCUGAUGAUCCUUCUGGUUUUGUGUUUAAAGAUUGUGUGAUUCUUGGGGAAGGCAAAGCUUACCUUGGGAGAGCUUUUUCCGGAGUAAUUAUUGCCAAUUCAAAGUUAUCAGAUAUAGUAGUCCCGCAGGGCUGGAAUGCUUGGUUCAACGUGGGCUAUGAAGAUCAAUUUACUUACUUGGAGGUGGAUAAUAUUGGACCGGGGGCUAACACUUCCCAUCGUGUUCCUUGGCUAAAGAAAUUGAGUGCAAGUGAUCUCGGUCAAUUUCUAAGUGUUGAUAGAUUCGUCAACCACGAAGGAUGGAUCGCCAAUCUACCUACAAUCGUUUGA